CUAAGCUGGAAAUUCUUCAUUGGCUGCUUUGAUUGCAUUUUGUGUCGAUCUUGAUUGUCCCAUUUAUAUCAACAAACAGUUAAUCAUCAUUUUUUCAACUAAGCACAGCAUUUAACAGAUAAAUACAGUGAAGUCUACAAGAAAAUGUCCAAAGUAGAUAAAAUAUAGAGGGUAUUCCAAAUUUGUCACUUUCAUUCCACUACAUGACCUUUACCAGUGGGGCUCCAACAUUAUGCCUAUCUUCAUUUCGAUUACUGUGGGUGUAACCAAAAUCCUUGAAAAUAUUUUGUUGCUCGUGUCCACAGCAAUCGUCCCCGAGAUACAAACAAAAGGGCCGCAGUGAAAAAAAAAUUAAAAGAUGAGCAGUGAAAACGAGGAGCAGAGAAAUCAAGAACCUGAGAGGAAAAGACACAGAAUUUGUCCCAUGGCAGAGAGCAGCAAUAAUGAAUCAUCAUCAGCUGUGACAAGAAUCCCUCUUGACCAUCUGUUUUCAAUCUUGCUGCUUCUGCCGAUUGAAUCAAUACUGUCCUUUUCCAUGACAUGUAAAAAGCUGAGAUCUUUGGCGGAUUCGGACUCGUUGUGGGAAUCUGUGUGCAGGAGGGAUUGGGGGAAUGGCCCUGUUGAAGCACUCAAAGCUUCGAAUGGUCUGCCAUGGAAGAAGUUGUACCAGCAAGUUUAUGAGUUGGACUCUCUCUUCUGUCAUAGACUAUUGGCUGAGGGAGCUGAGGGUGGGCCCACACCUAGAGCUUCCCAUUCUCUCAAUUGGGUUUCUGGAUGCUUGGUUCUCUUUGGUGGUGGCUGCUCUGGAGGCAGGCACUUAGAUGACACAUGGGCAGCAUACACAGGCAAUGGUUUGAGAACAUCACUAAAGUGGCAGAAGAUGAACUCAGGCAUACCAAGUGGUAGGUUUGGCCACUCGUGUGUUGUAGUUGAUGACCUUCUCAUCCUCUUCGGAGGGAUCAAUGACCAUGGUGUCCGUCAGACGGACACGUGGAUUGGCCAGAUGGCAGUCGACUUGAAGCACGGGAUCACCAUGUCAUGGAGGCUGCUGGAUGUCGGCCCCAUCUCCCCGCCACCGAGGGGCGCUCACGCUGCGUGCUGCAUUGGCUGCCGGAGCAUGCUUGUCCACGGUGGCAUUGGCCUGUCGGCCCAAAGGCUGGAUGACACGUGGAUCCUCCAACUCUCCGAGGACCUCUGCUGCGGGACGUGGACGGAAGUCGUUGCUGCUCAGCCGUGUCCCUCAUCAAGGUCGGGACACACACUGACGCAUAUAGGCGGGACGCAGACGAUCUUGUUUGGAGGGCGGGGGAACGGGUUUGAAGUGCUGAACGACAUGUGGUUGUUCGAUGCAUCGGAUGAACAUCACCAGAGGUGGACGCAGUUGCUAUUCGAGAGGCACAACAUGCCUCAGGGAUUCCCCCUGCCACGGGUGGGGCACUCGGCCAGCCUCAUCAUCGGACGCCGCCUCCUCAUAUAUGGAGGUGAGGAUUCUUACAGACAUAGGAAGGAUGAUUUCUGGGUUUUGGACAUAAGCUCCAUGCCUUGUGUGAGAAUGCAGCGUCCAACCAUUCUUAAGCAGGAUAGAGUGUUUAGAAGAAUGUGGAAAAGGGUCGAGUCUAAGGGGGAGAAGCCUAAGAGUAGAUCAUUUCAUGGGGCUUGUGUUGAUGCUUCCGGCCGUUUCUUGUACGUCCACGGUGGGAUGGUUAAUGGCGUGAUCCAGCCGGCCGACUCAUCAGGGCUCGGGUUCGACGGGGAGUGUUUUGUGGUGGAUCUCCUCCUCCAGCCAUAAGUUAGGAGAUUUGGUUUGUGAAUCCUAUGAUUUCUGUGUCCUAAGGUAGGAGGAAUAUGAAAGAUUCAAGAACUUCCGUUAA